UACAUUGAGGGAGAAAAAAAACGCCCUCUAGCUCUACGUUCGUUGGAUUUAAUUUGCGCGAAGAUUGAAUUCGCGACGAGAUCAUACCAGUACCAAGGAGAUACUGCCCUCCAUUAAAAAAGACGACAGAAUUAAUCAUUUUUCCUACAAUACAGUGCAGCUCAAGACAGGCAAAUAAUUAUGGAUUCCGUACAAGAUUUGGAGUUACUGAAUGAGAACAUGAAGAGACUCGCUCUUAAUGAAGACUGUGAGAUGAAAGGAUAUGGAAGUGAGAUGUGGCUAAUUAAAGCAGUGACUGUUGGGGAAACAUUAUUGAAAGACCUCUUUUGUUCUAGUAAACAUAACAAGAGGAUCGCCAUGUUACAGAAACAGGAGAGACAAAAUGAUACCUCACAGCACAAUGGUGACACAUCUUAUGAGUCUGAAUUGGACGAAUCUAAGAAAGAAAUGAAAGAUCCCAGUUCAUGUAGUUUCCUGAUAGGAGAUGACAAAGACAAACAUCUCUUGUCAGUGGAAGAUGCCAGGAACAUCCUGACAAUGUACAUGAUGCUACACAGUCCCUUGGUACAGGCAAACAACCAAGUUGAAAGAGAGUCUCUUCUACCAUUAUGGAUCCUGUGUGAUGGGAAGGAUCCAGAAAGAACCAGUUUGAUCGGGUGUGAAUUGGCUCACACCGGUUCAAGUCAAGAGUUGGACAACAAUCCAUUCAUCAUUACCACUGUCUUAUCAGAAGAUCCCAUUUCUAGCAAGUCAGAUGUUCCAACUUUACAUCAGGUUCUUUUAGAGGCUCAUGAAGACUCGGCAUCAAAGUUUAUAUCAAGUCAAGGGUUUGCUCGGUAUGAAGUGGUUAGCCAGCUAACAGCGGAUACAACUUUAGCCGAGAUUAGCGAGUCUUCCUUCACAGCAGUAGAAUGUACAUGGAACCAAGUCAAGAAGAUACUGGAGAGACCACGUGAUGCUUCCUGUAAAGUGCUGAUAUGCGCUGUGCCUGGUGACAUGAGAUUCACGCCCUUGGAAGUCUACAAAGAAUUAUGCUUAUUAAAGAUGUUUGCUGAUAGCAUAGAAACAGGAGAAGUAAACUGGAUGACACGAGAGAAGACAAGCUCCAUUCAAGAUCUAAUAACUAACUUCCUGGAUGAGAUCAAAGAUGGACCCAUUUAUAAAAGGAAGACUGGCGAUGAUGCUGAUGAUUACGACGCUCAGCUCUGUUGGAAGGCAGCAUUUGAUAGAAGUGAUUUAGAUUUCACUGAACGGCUUUGGAAUAUCCUCAGGAAUAAUGCUACAUGCUAUGAUGACAUCACUACUGCCUUCAACAUGGUGAUCAGUGAAUUAAACAGAGGAGAGAUACAGCCAAUGGUCCACAGCAGUAAUGAAACGUCAUUGGCAAAGGAGAUUAGGACAUUAUACAAAGACCCAUCGCAUAUAUUCAGUCAAGACUAUUCUCCCAUGACACACCUUGUUGAGAUAGCCAUUGAUAAACUUCAGAGAGACUAUACAAACUUCUUCCUCGCUCAGAAGCUGACAACCCUGUAUUCUUUAGAAUGGUUUGUUCCAUCUGUUGACCUCUUGAUACCUAGUGAACUGAUCAAGAGGUUAAGAAGUCUGCAUUGUAUUCUGGAGGUCUCCAUGCUAGCAUCUCAAACGUUGGGUCUUCCUACUAACAACAUCCUCACACUUAUCAGAAAUGCCCUGGAGUACUACAGGGAUAAUUCUCCCGAUGUUCAGCAUACAUUUGUACUUCCUGUGGAGCAGACAAGUGUUGUCAACUUGUACCAAACUCAGUUACCAAGUGUGUGGAGAUUGACAGCGCAGUGUGGAGGUAGAGGUGAUAAGAGUAGUUCAGUAUACCAACUCACAUCAAGACCUUUCAUUGAGACUGAGAGUAUCAACCAAACUACAGAAAUGACCAUGACUAAAGAAAGUGAUGAUCAGGAGCCAUUCCACUACUAUGUGACACAGAUGAAAAGAGACCUUGAGCCAUUUGUGCCCGUCACUGAUUUUGAGACCAACCAGAAUGUAUGAAAAAAUAUCUACAAACCUGAAAUCUUCCUUUCAAAUGGACAUCUAUUGCACGGUUCUGUAGUAGGGCAUUGAUAAAUGAUGCAUCUAUCCAUUACCUACUGGAACGUAGUGGUACACCUGAACAAAGGAAAGUUUGACAAAACUCAGUAGUUCAGGCUCAGAUGGUCACGACAAGAGCUUUGUGAGGGGCUACACUGUACCAAGAUUUUGAGACACUGUCCCAUAAAUGCUAUAGUUUGCACUGCAGGUGGACCCCGCCCCCUUCCUUGUUUGUGGGAAGUAGUCUGAAUUAGCAGCCGCAAUGAACUAUAAAACAGGACUGCACUGAAGGCUCAACCUUACUAUUAUGGGUAAGUUGUAAUAAGUGCUAGACUUGUCUCAUGACCCACCUGUUGAUGAAAGUGUCAAUCAGGGUCUGUGUCUAUAGACUAUACAUGCCUCUCAUUGCAAGCACCCCUCCCUCAUCUGAUUGACCUGAUGGAAAUCUCCCACCCUCUGAAGAUGUUCAUAAUAUUUCAACAUCUAAUGCUGUUAGCUCUUAGAAAAUGAACUUAUUUGUACAUUACUACAAAUGCAAUUGUUUUCCUGUAAUAUUUGGGUUGAAAAAGAAAAGGAUUUGUCAUGUAAGUUAAACUUACCAAAGCAAAUAUAAUUUGAGAAUCUUGAUGAGGGAUCAUUCCUCUAAAAACACAGUUUAGCAGUUGAUUGUGCAAUAGAAUUUUGGAUUAUCUGCACAUAAUUAUCAAUACGGUCUGUCGUCACUCUGAUUAGUUUGUGAUGCUUUGUGUAUUAAACAGUGCGAAAUGUUCUGAUAUACCUAGGGCCAUUUUAUGAAGUGGUCUGUCAGUUACUUAGUACACACAACUUCUCUCAUGUCUUCUUUCAUUAGCCUUGUGCUAGUUGAUACAACCCAAAUAUUCCCAGUGAGUUUAUAACAUAGUGGAGGUGAAUUUUCUGUUCCCGUAAUCAUGUUUGGGAAAUAAUUGUAGCUUUUUACAUUCAGAUGCUUAUUAAACAAUGAGAAUUUUAAUCUUGCAUGUAAGUGAUCUGAUUUCAACUUUAACAGAUAUUAAAAAAUAAAAUGAUUAAAGAUAUUAAAAAUAAUUGAGAGUCCAAUAUAUUAUAUGUGUCAUGUUGUAGUUGUGAGUCACUGAUAAAAACAGAUUCACUUGGGCCUGAUGGAUUCUAAUAAUAGGUUUCAUGCAAGAGGGGUAUAAUGUAAGGUUGCAUUAUCACUUAGGUUGUAUUUGAUUGCUAAGUUAUGAUGCAGUAUAAUUUUUUCUCAACUUGCAAGAUGGCCUCUAAAAGAUUUUCAAAUGUGAUUACAAUUUCAUGAAUUUGAAGAUACAGAAUAAAUAUAGUGAGAGCAUCUAAUGAUAGGUCAAUUUCUUUCUUUCUUUGUCAGGAAUAGUGUAAUUCAUAAUGAGAGUAUUUAGAAUCCAACCCAAAUAAACAGUUGUAUCAUGGAGCUAUUAGGGGACAAAAAUCAGACCAAUAGGUAGGUGAAUUUUUUAUCAACACUAACAAACAAAAAGAAAUUUAUGAAUGUUUAAAGGUGUAAAAAUUGAUAUUCACACCUACAUGUAUGGGGACUUCAAAUCGGCCCCAUUCGUGAUGUCAUAGUGAUGUAAGGCAAGUACUACUCUUCCAUUUACUCCAAUACAUAAAAUGUCUAAAAUGUCAUGUUUUUGUCUCGCCUGCAUAGCAGAGCGAGACUAUAGGCGCCGCUUUUCUGACGGCGGCGUCGUCAACAUGGAAAUCUUAACCAAGGUUAAGUUUUUGAAAUGUCCUCAUAACUUAGAAAGUAUAUGGACCUAGUUCAUAACUUUGAAAUUUUAUGGAUCUAGUUCAUGAAACAUAGACAUAAGAGCAAUUAAGUAUCCCUGAACAUCCUGUGUGAGUUUCAGGUCACAUGACCAAAGUCAAAGGUCAUUUAGGGUCAACGAACUUUGAUAAUGUUGGGGGUAUUUGUGGAAUUAUCAUCAUAACUUUAAAAGUUUAUAGGUCUAGUUCAUGAAACUUGGACAUAGGAGUAACCAUGUAUUCCUGAAUAUUCUGUGUGUGUUUCAGGUCACAUGACCAAGAUCAAAGGUCAUUUAAGGUCAAUGAAUUUUGGCCAUGUUGGGGGUAUUUGUUGAAUUGGCAUCAGAACUUAUAUGGAUCUACACAUGUACAUCUAGUUCAUGAAACAUCGAUAUAUCAUAUAAGGGUACUCAAGUAUGAAUGAUUGUUUUGCACAUGUCUUAGGUCACAUGAUCAUAGUCAAAGGUCAUGUUGGGUCAAUAGACAUAGUAUAUAAUUAUCAUAUGAGUGUUUUGUUUUGUUAGUAAUUAUUCAAUAGCUGUUUUCAAAGUCAGCACUGCUGCUAUAUUGAAUCGCGUAAUGCAGGCAAGACAGCCAGAGGCGUUCCACUUGUUUAAAGUUUAACUUUAAUUUAUGUUUUUCUUUCAUGAUAACAUCCAGCGGUAUGCUACCUGUGUAAUAUUCUGAUUACUGGCCGAGGGAAUAGGUACUUAGGAGAAUGCCACAAAUUCUUGAUAAAACAUGAUCUCUGGUGAGAUUGUCCCUACCAUUUCUCAUAAUUUAUUUACCCAGUUGCCAAUUUUAAAAUUCACAUUCAUGUAGUCUUAGUCUUUUCAAUUUAAGACAGCCAUAAAUUUCCUAAUGGUUGUCCGAAUUCUUUCAAACUUUCACCACUCUGUUUUACUUUUUUCCUUGCUCACACAACAAUUUACGAACAAGGUUGGAUUCCUGUAAAGGGUUUUUUUUUCGAGGCAGGCGACAACGAAAGCAAGACAAUAUGAAAUUACUUGAUUCUGUGUUUGUUUUAGAGGAGUUUCAAACUGGUGGAAUUAUGGAUUGAUUGUAUUGAAUCUUUAAAACAAAAUUUAAAAAAUAGUAUAAUUACUAUUUGUAUGUGAAAUUUGAAAUAACUCAGUCAUGAUGCAAAUUUUUUUUUUGAAGAUAAAAGUUGUAGAUAGUUUCAGGGGCGGAUCCAGGAUUUUUCCAAGGAAAACUUUGACAAGCAAAAAAAAAAGGUCUUCACUUUCAAAGUGCGGGGGGGGGGGGGGGGGCACACUUCUGUUUUAAUGGCAUUUAAAAUUGUGCCUCUCAAAGGGGGGGGGGGCAAAGCGGGCCCGUGCUUUGCCCCCCCCCCCUGGAUCCACCAGUGGAUAGGUCCAAGGUGACAACCAAAUUUAAGGUCUGACUUUUUGAAAAUUGUCUGAGAAUUGGAAGUGGGAAGGUUUGCACAAUGAUUGCAUUGUCUGACUGCAACGGCAUCACAAAUUGUCACAGAGAUUAAGUAAAGUUUUUCCUCGUAACACAUCAUGUAUGUACAUUGAAAUUACUGAGUGUGAAUUAAUUUACAAAAAACUGAAGAAAAAAAUGUUUGGUUUCUGGUAGAAUUAAGGUAUUGAAAAAUGGAAAAGUACAUGUAUGAUGUAUAAAGACUUGAGAUAUAUUCAAUUUUUCACAAAUGUUUCAAAUUGUUGUACAUGUAUAUAUUUUUUAAUUGAUUCACCAGUACACAUUAUGUUUAUAGGUUGAUCCAUGUUUAUAUUAAGUUUGUAAAUAUUCAUAGAAAUAUAUAUUUAUAAUCAUGUAUUGCAAAUGCAUCGGGAUUAAAUAUUGGUAUGUUAUUUUAAUUGUAGAGCUGAACAUAUCAAUUAUGAUAUCUCAUGCUUGUGAGAGUAUAUCUUGCCUAUAUUUCUGCAUCAAGUAAUUGAGUGGAAUCAGGACCUUGACAUUUUGUUUUCUUCUCAUAAUGUUUAUCAUCUUCCUUUUCUCAUUAAUAAUUCAUUAAUUUCCACGUUAAAGGAACACCAUGUAAUUUAUAAUUCAUGUAUUUCAUUGAACAUAAUUGAUAUGUAUUGUACUAAUUCUCUUCACCAAAUAAGAAAGAUAACAUGUAGGUCUACAAAAUUGGUUGAUGUUUAUACAUGCAAAUACAAUUUUCUUGAACAUG